AGAAUGUAAACAUGGUGACAGAAAGGUGAAGCAGACGCCAAAAUGGUCUUCGAAAGCGUGGUGGUGGACGUCCUCAACCGGUUCCUGGGGGACUACGUCGUGAACCUCGACAGCUCGCAGCUCAAGCUCGGCAUAUGGGGGGGUGAUGCUGUUCUGAGAAAUCUUGAAAUAAAGGAGAAUGCCUUGAGCGAGCUUGACAUACCUUUUAAAGUGAGAGCCGGUCAUAUAGGACGGCUGGAGCUUAAGAUCCCAUGGAAGAACCUCUACACUCAGUCAGUGGAGGCCACUCUGGAUGGCGUCUAUCUGCUCAUAGUCCCCACAGCAAGUAUUAAGUAUGAUGCAGAAAAGGAGGGGAAGCAGCUACAGGAGGCUCAACAGAGGGAGCUAAACAGGAUAGAGGAAACAAAGCAGAAGGCUGCUGAGCAAGAAAACCCCAUGUUAGAGAAGCAGGACACCUUCGUGGAAAAAAUGGUCACUCAGGUCAUCAAAAACCUGACGGUCAAGAUCUCUAACAUCCACGUACGGUAUGAGGAUGACGUCACCAAUCCAAACUGUCCUCUGUCAUUUGGUGUGUCACUUAAAAACCUCAGCCUUCAGACGGCUGAUGAGAACUGGAUUCCGAGUCUUUUGGAUGAGAAUUCCAAGCUUUUCUUCAAGUUGAUUCAACUAGACAGCUUGUUUGCCUACUGGAAUGUUAACUCAACGCUCUUCUCCAAUCACACUGCAGAGGAGGCCUUGCAAUGUCUCCAGCGCAGCAUGGAAAUCCAGAGCUAUGCUCCUGUCAGCCAUGACUUCAUUUUUCGUCCCAUCUCAGCGGAUGCUAAACUACGGAUGAAUCCCAGGUCAGACGUGGACUUCACCUAUCCUAAGUUGGACCUGAUUGUCAAUCUCAGUGAGGUGGCCAUUGAGCUCAACAGAUCACAGUACAUUAGCAUCUUGGAGUUACUGGGCUCAGUGGAUCUGAUGUCCCGGAACCUGCCGUACAGGAAGUACAGACCUGAGUUUGAUGUUUACAAGAACGCCCACAUAUGGUGGAAGUAUGUGAUCACAAGCGUCCUGGAGGUAGAUGUGAAGCCUCGUCUUCGCAUGUGGUCAUGGCAGCACAUUCUCUGUCACCGAAAGAUGGUCAAACGAUACAGAGAGCUCUACAAGACAAAGAUCACCACCAAGAAACCCAGCGAGGAGCUGCUCAAACAACUAGAGGAGCUUGAGAAAAUCUUGGAUAUUUUUAACAUCACGCUGGCCAGACAGCAGGCGGAAAUGGAGGCAAGCAGACUAGGCCUGCGUAUUUACCGUCCAGGGCUGAAGAUGGAGGAGGAGGAGUCUCAAGGUUGGCUUGGCUGGAUGUGGAAUUGGGGCGGAGAGGCUGAUGCACAAGCAAAAGAUGUCAAGUCUGGAGGUUUUGAUGAGCUGUUAACUCCUGCUGAAAAAGCCAAACUCUACACUGCCAUUGGAUACAGUGAGAUUGCCACUAAUCCCAACCUGCCAAAGAAUUUUGAGGACAUGAAGGUCAACUUCCACAUGGAGAAGCUGUCUUUGUCCAUCAAAAGCAACAAGGACAGAAAUGAGAUCCUCAGACUGACUGUGGGAGAGCUCCAGUCCACACUCGCACAGAGAUCUGGAGCACAAGCCAUCAAAAUCUCAGCCCAGCUCAGUUUGUUUGAGGUCACUGGCCUAGCCAUGAACCGGCCUGCACCAACCCUCCUUUCAUCAAGGAAGGCAGCAACAGGAAUAGGGACCCCGCUUCUCUGUUUCCUGUUUGAAACCAACCCCCUGGAUGAGACAGCUGACCAGCGGCUUCAUGUAGAAUCACAACCCCUGGAAAUAAUCUAUGAUGCAAUAACCGUGAACAGCAUGUCCGCGUUCUUCAUGCCUCCUGACGACCUGCAGCUGGAUGAGCUCACUAACGCCACCCUGAUGAAACUGGAGCAGUUUAGAGAUCGCACAUCCACUGGUCUCAUGUAUGUUAUCGAAACACAGAAGAUUCUCGACCUGAAUAUGAACUUGAUGGCCUCCUACGUAAUCAUUCCACAAACAGGCUUUUACAACGGCACCCAGAACAUCAUGCUGUUGGAUCUUGGUCAUUUCAAGAUGUCGAGUCAAAGCAAGGAGCAUCUACCUCAGCUGUCCGUGGGCUCCAGCAACAUUGAAGACAUCAUGUCCAGAGCAUACGACAGCUUUGACAUACAACUUAGUAGCCUGCAGUUACUUUAUAGCAAAGCAGAUGGGGACUGGAAAAAGGCCCGUAAGCAGAAACGGUCACCGCUUCACAUCCUAGAACCUGUGGAUCUAACAAUGGAUUUCAGCAGGGCGAUGGUUGUCAAAGACUACCGCAUGGCAAAGUAUAAGAUGUCUGGAGAGCUUCCUCUGCUGUCUCUUUGUAUUUCUGAUGAUAAACUGCGAAGUGUUCUGGAGCUGGUUAAAAGUAUCCCACUACCUGAGAGCAGACCUGCUGGACGCAGCGUUGGUGCACCCAGCACACCAAAGCCAAAGCCGUUGUACACACCCAAACUCACUCCCAGAAGACCUCUGAACUUAGCUGACCAGCGCUCCUCGCUCAUCUUUGAGUCAUGUGAAACCAUCAGCAUCUCGUCUUUGGGGUCAGAGGAAGAUUUGUUCUACGAUGCUCCCAGCUCUCCCAUUGGCGAUAAAGCGUUCUUCUCAGACAAUCCCAUGCCGCUGCGCUAUGCAGCCUUAAACAAAGGAAAAGGUCUGCUCAAGGACGAAGCUCCGAAGAAUAUGACAAACUUCAUUCUGAAGUUUGAUAUUAGUGAGUUCUCCAUUCAGUUGCGCCGCCUGUCUGGUGAUCAGGAGGUCACGGUGCUCCAUUUGGACAUAGAUGGUCUGGGCACUGAGCUGAAACUGUGCACCUUUGACUUGACAUCCAUUACAUACCUUCGAGAGAUCUGCCUCAAGUGUCCUGAAUAUAUGGAUUCUGAAGAUGAGCAAGUUCAGCUGAUAACCACUCUGGACAACACUGAGGUGGACCUGCUCACAGUGGAGUAUAUCAAAGCUGACAAAACUGGUCCUGAGUUCAAGUCUCUACACAAUAAUACAGAGCAGCUCAUCAAGGGGACGUUUUCAUCCCUUGAUGUACAUCUACAUACUGAGGCUCUACUCAAUACCAUGAGCUUCCUCAACAACCUCCUGCCUCCGCCCGAGAAGAAGGAGGAGCUACCAAUCAUCACAGCGGAAGAUGAGGUAGAAGGAGAGAAGGAGGGAGAAAAGAAAGAGGAAGCUACUGUCGCCAAGAAAAAAACUCCAAAGAAGUCAAAGUUUGCAGAUGUUGUGAAUCUUCAUAUCAAAGCUGAUCUCCGCUGUCUAAAAAUUUUCAUCAGAGGACAGAACACCAGAAUCUCGGAGAUUAGUAUCGAGGGUCUGGUUUCGGAGGUUCUGAUGAGGAAGGAGGAGAUGGAGAUUCUGGCCAAACUGAAGAGCAUUGUGAUCCUAGACUGUGACAAAGAUUCCUUUUACAAAAAGGCUGUGUCUAUAGCAGACGAGGAAGUGUUUUCCUUCCGCAUGGUGAACUACACAGAUGCGACAGAAGGUGAUGCGUAUCUGGACAUGUCUAAAGUUGACCUCUCUGUUUCACUGACUGUGGGAUGUAUCCAGGUCAUCUUCCUCAACAAGUUUGUCUCUUCCAUAUUGACAUUCAUCAAUAACUUCCAGGAGGCCAAAGAGGCCCUGGCUGAGGUGACGGCCCAGGCUGCAGGAAAGGCAGCAUUGGGUGUGAAGGGGCUGGCAGAGCGAAGCACUCGGAUCGCUCUGAACGUCCACUUCAAUGCACCUGUCAUCUUCCUCCCCCAGUCCUCCUCUUCCACCAAUGUCAUCGUAGCUGAUCUUGGUCUGCUGUCUGUCAAGAACCGUUUUUCCAAGCAGCCAUUUAAAAGUGAAGCUGAUAUCCCUCCUGUCGUGGAUAUAAUGACUGUGAGGCUGACUGAUCUCAAGAUGUACAGGACCACAUACGUAAAUGAAGGGUUUGAGGGAGAAACUCAGCUGCUGAUGCCAGUCAACAUGGACUUGGAAGUCCAGAGAAAUCUUUCAUCCAACUGGUACCACAGCAUACCUGACAUAGGGAUCACUGCUCAUCUAAAGCCCAUGAGUCUGAUCCUCAGCCAGGAUGACAUGACCGUGGUCCUAAGGACUCUGAGUGAGAAUCUGUCAGAGAAGUCAGAUGCUGUUCCAACAUCGAUCUCUCCACCCACCACUGACACCCUCUCCGAUUCUACAUCCAACAAAGGGUCCCAGUGCUCUGGCACCACUGGACAAGCCGGCAAUAACAUGGUGGUGACAGCCGCUGUUGUGGAGACCCAGAAAAACAGCAAGCUGAAGAGCACACUCAAGUUAGACUUCAAGUUUGACUCCAUGACACUGGUGGUGUUCAGCCCUAAUGGGAAUGAGUUACAGCUGUUGGACUCGCACGAUGACGAGCUGAAGCUGGCAGAAUUUAGCCUGGACACCAUCUCUACCUCCGUUCACAUGUUCUCUGACAGCUCCAUGAAAGCCUCAGUCCGUCUCGCUGCUUGCCUUCUUGAUGACAAGAGACCCCAAAUCAAGAUGGUUACUUCAAGAAUGAUGGCGAUGCGUCCGGGUGCAGAACAGAACAUGAUGGUGGAGGUGAACUAUCGUCAAGGCCGUGAAGGCACCAUAUUGGACACGUUGGUGCAGGACGUGUACUUGUGUGCCAGCAUGGAGUUCCUGCUCACUGUGGCAGAUAUCUUUCUCAAGGCCAGCCAGCAGGGUUUUGCUGAAGUGCCCCAACACAUGAUGAGCUCUGGAGCAGGAGAUAAAAAGAAUACUAACCCUGCUGUCACUUCUAAAGAGACACCUGCCGUGGUCUCAAAGACAGAGAUGAACGUUCUGGUGAGAAACCCGGAGAUUGUGUUUGUGGCUGACCUGACGCGUGCUGACGGCCCCGCCCUGGUCAUGACCACGGAGUGCGAACUAGUAAUGAAAAGUGGUGCAGAGGGAUCCAAUAUGACUGCUAUCAUCAAGGACCUCAAGGUGGUGGCAUGUCCCUUCAAGGCUGAGAAGAGGGUGAACAAUAUGACAACAGUUCUGCACCCGUGCCAAGUUUUAUAUAAUAGUUCUCAGUCUCCAACUGGCCCUCAGGUGAUGGAGGUCUCCAUCAAUGCUCUCACACUGAAGGUCUCUCCCAUCAUCAUCAACACAGUAAUUACCAUCCAGACAGCACUGACUCCCACAGUGGAAGCCCCUGUGGAGCUGGAUAGUCCUGUUCCUGUUGACCUGUGGGUGAAACGAGGCUGGAAGGAGCUCAAGCUCUGGUUCCUAGACGAGGAGGGGGACGAAGACACAAGGUCACUGGUCCCACUGGUACCUCAGGGAGAGUCAUUAAAGGUGUCCAUCGAAUCCAUCUGUCUCACUCUGGAAGCUGGCGUGGGACAUCGCACCAUCCCCAUGCUCCUGGCUAAGUCAUCCUUCAAUGGAGACGUUACCAACUGGUCCACUCUCAUUAACCUGCACAGCGCGCUUAACAUGGAGAUUCACUAUUUCAAUGAAGUGGUGGGAGUGUGGGAACCGCUACUGGAGCCUUUAGAAGAUGAGACAAGAGAUGGAUUCAGAUCAUGGAGACUUGAACUGAAGAUGAAGAAGAAGCCAGUGAAGUACACACUUUCAGAUGAAGUGGAUUACAAUGUUCCAGACUAUAAGACAGUCAUCACCAUCAGUAGUAAAGACCAACUCAACAUCACGCUCACUAAGUGUGGACUGGCAAUGCUGAGCAACCUGGGAAUGGCAUUUGCAGAAGCUGCCAAACAGACAGAUGAGUGCUUCCAGAAGGAUGAAGCCCCGUUUGUGGUAAAAAACCGCCUGGGCCUGCCGGUGUCACUCUGCCACAGUGAGAUGUUUCGCCCCAUCGGCGUGCAGGGUGAUGACUGCACAGUGGAGCUGCAGGAUGGGCAAACACUUGGGAUGGACUAUUCAACCACAACAGACGGUGACCAGUUCUCUGCCAUGACCUCCCUGAGUGAAAAGGACUAUUUCAUACAACCUACUCCAGUGGGCCACACCUCAGCCAGUGUGAUCCCCCUGAUCAAAGUGGGCAGAGGAAUGUACAGUGUAAUGCACAGAGAUUCUGGAGUCACUCGUUUCCUGGUCUGUCAAAUUUACUCCGUGGAGGGAAGCAAGUAUAUAAAGAUCCGUUCGCCUUUCCUGAUUAUCAAUCAUUUCACGAUACCAUUCAAAGUGUUUGAAGGAUCAACGUGUCUGGGUACUUCUCUGCCUACUGUAGAGUUCUGUGUGCCUCUGGACUCGUAUAGGUCCGAGCUGAGCCUUCAGCCGAUAACGGAGGACGACACUGAAGAUCAGGUUGCGCAGUAUGAGUGCUCAGAGGGCUUCAGUUAUGAGGAUGUCAGCAACCAGCAGCCUGAGUCACGCAUCCAGCAGACCUGCCGUCUGCGUGGAAACCAGGAUGGUGUGAUGACGAUCAACAUUGUGCCAUUAAAGGAUGCUGUGACAUUCAAACACACAGGUAGUAUCGGGGAGAACUUCGACGUGCCCUUCGUGCUCCACCUGUGGCCUUCCAUCCUCCUGCACAACCUGCUGCCGUAUCCCCUUGCCUACGACCUGCUGGACAGUGGCGAUUCUGCUCCUGAAGCCACUCUGGACCCAGGCUACUCUGCCCAGCUUCACACCGCCGUCAUCAACCGCUCCAAACUCAGUCUCCGCCUGCUGAACUACUUUGCUCAGGAUUGGUCCUCUGAGUACAGUCUCAAAAGUGACCAGGAGGAGAUCACCUUCAUCGUGUUCCAGUCGCUACGAGAGGAUGACGAUGAUUAUGGUGAAGGGAGCGAGAAGAAGAGGGCGGAGUUAGACAUAGCCGUGCAUGUUAAAUAUGACCUGGGACAGACAGUGAUUGCCAUCCACUCACCGUAUUGGAUGGUGAACAAUACGGGAAGGUUACUGCAGUACAAGGCUGAUGACAUCCACCGUAAACACCCCCUGGACUACGACAUGCCCCUGCUCUUCUCAUUCAAGCCUCGGUACUUCCUGAAAAACAAUAAGAUCCGCCUUAUGAUCUCAGACAGCGACGCGUCUGACGAUUUCUCCCUGGAUACAGUUGGUAGCCAUGGAGAUGUGAAAUGUAAAGGCAGAUACAAAGAUUACCUGGUUGGUGUGAAGAUUGAAGCGAACAGUUUCAGUCUCACACGCAUCGUGAGCUUUGUGCCCUUCUACAUGCUGGUCAACAGGACCAAGCACACCGUCUUCGUAUGUGAAGAUGGGCAGGACAACUGGACUGAGGCUCAACCAGAGCAGUCAGCCAUUCCUUUCUGGCCGGAGAACGACACCAAGCUGGUGAAGAUCAAAGUAGAAGGUUGUUUAUUGCCUCCUCGGACGAUUGACUUCACACGACCAGAGAACUGUCUCCUGCUGCACCUGGACAACUCAAUGGGUGGGAUCAUUGUUGAUGUGAACCUAUCAGACCACGCAGCCAUAAUCCGAUUCUCGGAGUAUCACGAUGGCGCGGCCCCCUUCCUCAUCAUCAACCACACCACAGACCAGACUCUUCAGUUUCAUCAGAGCUCUCAGAAAAAGACAGAACCAGAGGAGCUGGAGCCUGGGACAGCUGUGCACUACACCUGGGCCGAACCUACCGGGUCCCGAGAGCUUUGCUGGAAGUGUGGCACCUACACUGGGAAGCUGAAGAGUGAGGAGGAUCUGCGUGAGGACAUGAACAACGAUGGGAAACUGUUUGUGAUCUCCUUCUAUGAAGGUCUCCAGCGUGUUAUGCUGUUCACGGAGGAACGACGCAUCUUCAAGCUGCUCUGUGAGAGUGAGAAGGCGCAGCUGGCCGAACAGGAGAUCAUCCUGUCGCUGAAGAACAUGGGCGUGUCUCUGGUCAACAACAGCAGCAGCCAGGAGAUCUCCUUUAUUGGGAUCACGAGCUCUGACGUUGUGUGGGAGAUGAAGCCAAAGAAAAAAAGUCGUUGGAAGACUCUAAGCACUAAAGAAGCUGAGAUGUUGGAGGACAAGUUCAAAGAUUACAUUGAAUCUGCUCCUGUAGACCAUGCCAUCGUCGACCUGCCAAACAACUUCCAGGUGUCCUUGACUCCCAAUGGCAUGGACAUGCGGAUGCUGCAGCCGUGUGACGCUCCCCUCAGGAGGCACUUCCUGCCCGGGGUGAAGGUGGAGUACAGCGUCUCGCCACGACAGAGUGCCUACCGAGUCCAAAUCCACCGCAUACAGAUUCAGAAUCAGCUGCCAGGAGCCAUCUUCCCCUACGUUUUCUACCCUGUUAAGCUGCCGAAGUCUGUCACCAUGGACGCAGAGCCCAAACCUCUGACUGAUAUCAGCAUUGUAACCAGAACAGCAGGACACUCGGACAUCUCUCGAAUCAAGUAUUUCAAGGUGCUGAUUCAAGAGAUGGAUCUGAAGCUCGAUCUGGGCUUCCUGUAUGCCAUCCUGGACAUGUUCACCCCGGAGGACGCCGCCCCCAUGACCUUACAACAAGAGGUGGAGCUGUUUGAGAAGGACAUAGAGUAUAUCAAGACAGAUCUGAACAAUGUGUCUGCUGCAGACACUUCUGCCAUCAGCCUCUACGAGUACUUCCACAUUUCCCCCAUCAAGCUGCACCUGAGUAUCUCUCUGAGCACAGGAGGAGACGACGGGAUGAAGUUGAAGAGAGAUACAGAAAUAAUCCCGGUCCAGUCCCUCAACCUGCUGCUGAAGAGCAUCGGAGCAACGCUCACCGACGUGCAAGAUGUGGUCUUCAAGCUGGCCUUCUUUGAGUUGACCUUCCAGUUUUGCACCACUCAGCAGCUACAGUGGGAGGUCAUCAGGCAUUAUUCCAAGCAGGCUAUUAAACAGAUGUAUGUGUUAGUACUGGGCCUGGAUGUGCUUGGAAACCCCUUUGGACUGAUCAGAGGACUGUCAGAGGGAGUGGAGGCCUUCUUCUACGAGCCCUAUCAGGGAGCCAUCCAGGGGCCAGAAGAGUUUGUUGAAGGAAUGGCUCUUGGGGUGAAGGCUCUGGUGGGAGGAGCCGUAGGGGGUAUAGCAGGGGCAGCCUCCAGGAUAACAGGUGCAAUGGCAAAGGGCGUCGCCGCCAUAACGAUGGAUGAGGACUACCAGCAGAAGAGACGAGAAGCUAUGAACAAACAACCCAGUGGCCUGAGAGAAGGGCUGACCCGGGGGGGAAAAGGACUGGUGUCUGGGUUUUUGAGUGGGAUCACAGGAAUCGUUACCAAACCAAUUAAAGGAGCUCAGAAGGAGGGUGCAGCCGGCUUCUUUAAAGGUGUUGGGAAAGGUCUGGUCGGCGCAGUAGCCAGACCCACAGGAGGCAUUAUCGACAUGGCCAGCAGCACGUUUCAAGGGAUCAAGAGGGCGGCAGAGACCUCACAAGACAUUCAGUCUCUGCGUCCUCCUCGCUUCAUCCACGAAGAUGGUGUCAUACGCCCAUAUAAGGAGAGGGAAGGCCUCGGCAGUCAGAUGCUCCAGAAAAUUGAGAACGGACGUUUUGCCAAGUACAGAUACUUUGCUCAUGCCAAGGUCAAUGAUUGUGAUUUCCUCAUGAUCACCAAGAGGGGAAUAUUCUUUGUGACCAAAGGCACAUUUGGUCAGCUGACCUGUGAAUGGCAGUAUCUGUUUGAAGAGUUCACCAAGGACCCGACGAUAGUAGAGGACCGACGACUACGCAUUGAAGCCAAGGAGAGAGUAAAAUCCGUCUUCCAUGCCAAAGAGUUUGGGAAGAUCAUAAACUUCAGAACUCCUGAGAUAGCCACGUGGGUUCUAACCAAACUGGAGGACGCACGAGACAGUUUACCACAUUACUGAAUCAUCGAGAGGGGAGCGAGAACAUGAAAAUCAAAAGGAAGAAAACGUAUACGGACGCGGUCUGUGUGUGUCAGUGCCUUGGUUCUUAACUGCAUGCUCGUUUUGUUUACCUCCAUGUGUGAGCAGUGCUAAAAAAACACACAAACCACACUGUAUGUUGACUGUUGUUGUGUGUUGGGCUUGAGAGACUGAGGGAGUAGUUGGUCUGUGCAUGCCAACGGUAGUGCUACAAAUGAAAAGCAUUCAUUCACCACAGACACGCAUCACUUUCUUCGCUCUUCUUGCACUUGUUCUUUUGCGCACACAUCUAGGGAUAUCUAAUUAAUUAUGUCAUUAAAACUACUGCUUGAGUCUUGGGUUUACCUGGUUCAGUCUGCUGGUGACAUUUGGAUUUGCUGUUCUCCAUAGCCCUUCUUGCCAAACUCAAAUCCUCACUUAGUUACUUAUUUCAUCUGCUUUGACUGAACAUAUUUCAGGUUUCAUUUCACUGUGGAAAUGUAACACUGCUAUAACAAGCAGGCCCGGAUCUAGACUGCUCAGAUCAGGUGGGCAAUUGGAAAGUUGCCCUUGCAUAGUUCUAGAUCCGGGCCCGAUGACAAGCGUUAGAAAACAGCUCAAAUCAUGGGAAGGCCAAAUAAUCUAUAAUUGUUGUAGCACAUUUAAUAUGCACUGUUCAUUUGACUGGAUUGUUCAAGAGGGAAGCUAAUUUAUAUGCAUCAUGAAAAUGUGUUUUCUUUUCAUUUCUCAAUAUUGUUCCUCCUUUUUUAUACAUUUCUCAAGAUAAAGACUCUUCCGUGUGUGAUUUAGAGACGCAUGCUAUUUUUAUACUCACAUGUAUGAGGCUGCUGUGUAUUGAUCUCGUAUAAUAUUCUAUCUGUAUAUAAACAUCCUAACACAAUAGUCCGAUUUAUGGCAUUGCAAAUUGUAAUUUUACGACUUAUGUUUUUAUACCACACGUAUGCGAUGUCAACUAUGUGGAGGAUUUAAAAAGAAAUGGAUGCUAGUUAUUAUCAGCUGCUGUUUACGCUGACAUAUAUUUUAAAGGUUUGCUUUUGGUUUCGGGUGCAUCGCAGUUUAAUACGACUAAAUAUUUCUCUUGCCAAUAAUUUUGUUAUUUAUGUUUCAGAGGAUCAAAACUGUUCACUGCAGUGACUUAUCUCUUUUUCUUGCUUUUGUCCAGAAAAAUAAUAAAGUACGUGUUUCGAAUUUCAA